GAAACAGUAAAAUUACAAAGGGUUAAAAAUAAAGGCAAUCAAUCUCAUACGAGACUCAUCGAUACUCAGUCGAGGAAGAUUUGCCAUCGAUGCCUUACCUACAAACUUGGGACGAUUUUGCCAAAGGUUUAGAGAGGCUCUACCAGCAAAAUCCUUGGAAGGUUAGAUUUAUUGUGAAGUAUAGACACUGCAGUGGUUCUCUGGUUCUUAAAGCAACAGAUGACAAUGUGUGUAUAAAAUACAGGACUGACCAACUUCAAGAUGUAAAGAAAUUAGAGAGAUUGAACAACACAUUAUUACGGCAUAUGAUAGCCAAAGUACCUACAUAACAGUGUAUUUUUUGCUAUUAGAACUUAUACUGCUCUGAAGUCUGAACCAUUAAAAUUUACAUGAAUGAUUUUUUGAAGUAUAUAAUCAUUGACAGAA